ACAUUUUGGAGACUGCUUCAGUUGUAGUCUACAUUUGAAUUCUGAAACUGAACAAAUUAACCAGACUGUAACUUAGCUUCAAGUGUAUUGUUACCUCUUGAAACUAUUUUUGAGGUAUGGACGUCAUUUUGCAGAUCCCUCAGGUAAAUAAGGCGCGACGCUAUACAUGCCAGGAACGACCGGCGCUGCUAACUGAUAUCAAAAUCAACAUCCGAAACGAAACCUUGACUGAGCGGUACAGUCUUACUCCUGGCAAGGAGUUGGGCAGGGGGAAGUUUGGUGUUGUGAGAAGGUGUGUGGAGAAGCACACUGGGAUAGAGUACGCUGCCAAGUUUGUGAGGAAGAGGAGGAAGGGUCAGGACUGCCGUGGGGAGGUCAUCCACGAGGUCGCCGCGUUGGAGCUGACCAGAGCCUGCCCCAGAGUCAUCAACCUGCACGAGGUCUACGAGACAGCCAGUGAGAUGGUGCUGCUCCUUGAGUGCGCUGCGGGAGGAGAGAUUUUUGAGCAGUGUGUGGCCUUCUCUGAGCUGGAUGCGAAGCUGCUCCUGAGGCAGAUCCUGGAGGGUGUGGCUUUCCUCCAUAGCAACAACAUUGUGCACCUCGACCUCAAGCCUCAGAACCUCCUACUGACCAGCACCAAACCUCUGGGUGACAUUAAAAUUGUGGACUUUGGGCUGUCACGGGUGGUGAGGCAGAACCAGGAACUGAGAGAGAUCAUGGGAACUCCAGAGUAUGUGGCUCCUGAAGUUCUGAAUUAUGAGCCAAUAAGCACCGCUACUGACAUGUGGAGUAUCGGAGUGCUGACGUACAUUAUGUUGACCGGGCUUUCUCCCUUCUUGGGUGAGGACAAGCAGGAGACAUUCCUGAACAUCUCCCAAGUGGACGUGUCCUAUGCCGGGGAGGAGCUGGAGGCUCUGCAUCCUGCAGCCAUCCUCUUCAUUCAGGCUCUCUUGCUCAAAGAUGCACGUGUGCAUGCAUGUGUGUGUGUGUGUGUGUAUAGGUCUCGUCUCUCCGCUGAGGAAUGUCUCAGACACGAGUGGCUCAGAGGGCCCGAGAGGCAGAAGCAGGCCAGAACAGAAGCCUGUGUCUCGGGACACGAGCAGCUGCUCAGCCCUGAGAAAGACCCAGCGGUGGAGGACCUGAUUGUAAUGGCAGCAUACACACUGGGACAGUGCAGACAGUCUGACUCAGAGGCCUUUAGCCAAGAGCCCGACCCAACAGCCACCUGCUUUAGGCUCGGCGAGCCAUUUCACAGCAUGCAAAAAGCUAUUUACUGAAGAAAUUUCUUUUGAGUUUUUAAUGUUGUUACUUUAGACCAAGUCAUUAAUUUUUCUCAUGGUAUUUGUACCUCAUGUUAGUUUAUGAAUCACUAAAACA